AUGUCUAUGGAGAAUGAUGGAAAUACAGAUAAUAUAGAACUAAAUAAGGCAAUUGCUGAAUCUAUAUCGUCAUUGAACUAUCAGCAAAGUGAGCAAGAGAAAGAAGACAACAAAAGUGAUCAUGACGAUGAUAUUGACUUAGAAAAUGCUAUUGGUGAUGUAUUUAAUCAGUUUGACUUCGGGAACACAGACACUAACCCAAAACGGGAAGAAAUAAAGGCUCAUGAAGAUAAAGAAGGCGAUGAUUCGUUAUUGAAUAAAGCCAUUGGUAAUGCAUUUGGGUCGAUAGAUGUAAACAAACAACAAACAAACGAAGUUUCGCAAAGUGCGACAGAUGCGGGUGCGGAGGGGAAUGCAUCUGGAUCAGACAAUAAGGGAAGUAGCAGCCAGAAUGAAGAUGGAUUAGAAGAGACCAUAGGAAAUGCGUUCAGUGCAUUAAAAAACCAGCCAGAAAUACAUAAGAGUAUAAAUCUUGAAAGUGAAUUACUGAGCGACAGGGAUCGGAAUGAAGGUUUGCGUCAGCAUACAGACGAAGGGAUUAGUUCGAACGAGGAACAAGAAGAUGAUGAUUUGGAGAAAGCAAUAAGAGAUGCCUUUGAGAGUAAUCAGCAACCUGAUGAUUCGGAGAAGCACAAGCACGAUGAUUCUACCACAGCGACUCAUGAACCACUUAUUUCUUCAGAUAAUAAUAAACAAGAUCAAAUUGAAUCAGAAAGGCUAGAUGAAGUGAUAGAUGGUGCUUUCAGUACACUCGAAAACUCAGAUCAUCAAAGACAAACAAACGACGAACAAGAUAAUGAUGAAGACUUAAAUAGAGCUAUAGCGAAUGCUUUUAGCGGAAUAACUGAAAACAAUAAUAGCCAUGAUAUAUCUGACAAAAAUCACAGAGAUGAUGAUAACGAUGAUGAUUUGGAUUUGAAUGAGGCUAUAGGAAAUGCAUUCAAGAAUAUAUCUGAAUUAGGAGGAGCUAAUGAUGAAUCUAAAAUGGAAUCCCAAAGCCAAACGGAAACAAAUGAAAUUCAAUCUGAUCAUCAUGAGAAACCUCUUGAAGAAGUUGGACAAAGAGAAUCGCAAGACGAUAAGUUAACGAAUACCAUCAAUAAUGUACUUGAUGAGUAUGACCCCAACAAAUCUGAAAAUAAAGGGAGUUCAAACAAGGAUGAUGAUUUACAUGACGCCAUAUCUGCGUCGUUUAAACAAUUAAUAGGCGAUGAUAACCUGAAGAAAGAUGUAAAUCAUACACCCCAGGCAUCAGAAUCACAGGAACCUAACAAGGAUGACAAGCACGAAAAUAUCGAUGCUUUCAUGGAAAAUGUUAUAAGCGAAGCUUUCAGAAAUGUUGCUGAGCAGACAAAAGAUCUACAAGAAACAAAUGCUUCUUUAAAAGGAUCUGAAAAUGAAAAACAAGGAGAAGCAGGAUUUGAUUUGACAAAUCUCGUUCAAAACAUGGUGAAUCAAAUAUCUAAUACUGAAGAAAAUGCAAAAACAAAUCAGGGUACUUUACCUAUUUCUGAAGAUAUAUUACAGGAAUUAGCUUUAGAAAUUACAAAUCAAGUUCAAGAUCAACUUGAAGAUGAGUCGCAUAAGAAGUCUAAAACAAUAACUGAUAUGCCGCAAAUCGACGAAAAUGUUUUAGCCCAUUUUCAGAAUGAAGCAUACAAGGAUGAAAAUAAUGAUGGUGAUAAAUUGGAUUCAAGUAAAGCAAUGUCGGAUGAUAAUACACUUCAGGCUGCAUUAGCAACUGCUGUUCGUAACGCUAUUGAAAAUAAUGCAACAACAUUGAAUGAUUCUAAUAGGAGAUUAUCUCUUUCUCAGGGACCUAAACCAGAUAAUGAAACAGAAGACCUUGAACAGUUACAGAUGAAUGAUAUACUACAAAAUGCUUUUAAUAUGGCUAUGGAAAAUCCUCAUGAUUUAUUGACAAAUUUGGAAAUGGAGGAUGAAAAUGAUGAACAUCGCAAUAAAAUAGAUGAAAAUUCAAAUACUCAGAGUAGCCAGGUUGCAACUGCAUUGGCAAAAUUGCCACACCCAUUACCUGCUUCCACGACUACUUUCCUUGAAUCGCUAAAUCGUUCUAAUGACAUUGAUUUAUCUGGAUCUUCUUCGAGUAGGAAAAAGAAAUCUCAAAAUAGGUUGACUAACCUUUCUACAUCAUCUGAAUCUAUAUCAUCUCAAGCAGAUCGUAUAUCGGCUGUUGCUAAGAACAUUAUGAGCAAUUUUGCUAAUAAAUCCUUGACACUAAAUAAUAGGGACGAGACCAAAAAAGGUUCUUUAUCGAUUGCGGAGACUUUAGCGUUACAUAGGUCUUCAAUGAACAAUGGACCUAGGAGAGACUAUUCAUCUAUAGAAUCGUUGGAAGGAGCCUUGAGAACCGAGCCUAGCUCCAGCUCUAGUUCAGAUGCAAUUAACUCACAAGUUUCAAGCGUUUUAUCAUCACUAUCAUCUCGUAUUAAUAGUGCAGCCUCAAAUUCAGGUGCUGACAAUAACUUAUUGCAGGUAAUAAGACAAAUGACAAGUGCUUUGACUUCGAAACCUAGCACUGCAUCAUCCUCAUAUUUAAUACCAACCACAACGCCGUCAGUAUCUGAUAUUAUAGCGAGCUAUAAAGACAAGAAAGAUGAGAAUGCGAUCAUUAGUCCCUUAAUCCUUGCUAAAAAGUUUUUAGAAGAGAAGCAAAUGGCUCCAGGUUAUGGAAAGGCGGUGUCUUUAAUAGAUAACGUGUUAGAAUUAUUUAAUUCUAAUUUAUCUGGUGAGGGUCAAAUUGACCCUUCAAUGAAAGCUACGUCAUUUAUAGCUCCUCAGUUGAAUUUAGAUAUUGUUAAACCAGAAUUCAUUUCCUCCAUUAGCAACUCAGUCGCAUCAGCAAUUUCUAACUUUAGUUCAAGAUCUAAAAAGGGAUCAAUUUUUGGAGAACGGAUUAAAACAGAUUCUCCUGAGUACAAGGAGAGAAUAAGGUUAGAAAAUAGAGAGCGUAAGAAAAGAUGGAGAGAAGAAAAUGCUGAACGAAAUAAAGACAAUGAUUUAAGAUCAAGAGUUUUAAAAAGGGCAACAUUAAUGUUCGGUGAGAAGGAUACACCUGAGAAAAAGUCUUGGGUCGAUGAUGAGUUUAAUAAAAGGCGGGAAAAGAGAAUAGCAAAGCAAAAGAAGGAUGAUUAUGAGAGACAAAAUAAUGGCUAUACAGAUGAAGAUAACCUCGACAGAAAAUCAUUUAGGGAUAAAGAGCCUAACGCUCUCGUUAAUGAUCCUGAUUUAAUAAGACCUGUUACUGAUAUUUUUAAUAUAGUCUCAAAUUUCAAUCAAAAUGAGGAUCCUGAUGCAGCACUUGCUGCGACUUCUGCAGCCACUGCAACGGCCGCCGCAAUAUAUGCUAAUACGCAUAGUACAGCAAACUUCAAAUUGGUAGAAUCUGCUGUAUCUAAGAUCCUUUUAUCUUUAAUGGAGAACUCUCACUCGGAUGGUCACGAUGAGCGUAUAGCUAGCCUAUCAAAAGGAGUUACAUCAUCAUUCAAAUUGGAAACAUCUCCUACAUCAUUGACAACAGCGAAUAAACAAACUCUUCCUUCAAAGUUACCAGACAGUGAGCUAACAUCACUUGUUAAAACAACGCCAACCUCGACAAGCGGAAUUUUGAACAGACUAUCUGCUACCAUAAGAGGAUUUUCACCUUCCUCUUUGUCGGCAUUAUCUAGUUCCAACAAUGUGCCUACAUCGCUAUUACAGUUGCAAAAUUUAACUCUUAAUAAUCAAAAUAAUAAUAACUCGCAAAAAAGGAAGAGUAAUGAUCCUUUACCACAUGACACGAAACGAUCAAGACCUUCAUCUCCUCUGUCUGAACCAAAGUCGUUUAUUGAGAACACGGAGCCACCUGAGGCUUCUAUUUCUAAUAUUGCUUCCAACUUAGAUAAUAUUCGAAAUGCGAUUUCAAAUAGUAAUAAUUCUCAUUUGUUGAGCUCAUCAAACGCAUUGAAGAUUCCCCAUUAUAAGAAGCCAGAUGUAUUCUCUGCUGCUUCAGUGAAUACCAAUACUGAUGAUAAUAUUGAUCCUGCAAUUAAAAAAGAGUAUCCGACUUUGUCAUUAACGUCAACAUCACCAUUUAUUUCAAACAAGUCUAAUUACCUAUCUGGUAAUAGAUCUUUAUCUAGCUCAGUCUUAUCACAAGCAUCGGUUGGUUUGAGAAAACCAGGUAGUUUUCAGAGACCUAGCUAUUCUAAGCCAGAUAAAACCAAGCAAAAGGGGUUUGGUUAUCCUCAACUCCAUUCAGCAUCAUUAAAAGAAAAUUAA